UCUUGCCAGAGCUGUUGUGUUCUCCGCCGGCUGAGAGGUGUGUGCAUGUGCUUUUUGAUCAUUUACAUUUAAGCCCCGUUUAACAAAACAGCAUUCUCCAUUAAACACCUAUAAUGGGUAAGAAAGAAGAGGAAGAGAUCAUCAGAAUCGCAAAGAAGAUGGAUAAAAUGGCACAGAAGAAGAAUGGGGCUGGGGCUCUGGAUCUGCUAAAGGAACUGAAGAACAUACCCAUGACCCUUGAGCUUCUGCAGUCCACCAGGAUCGGGAUGUCGGUCAAUGCCAUCCGCAAGCAGAGCACAGACGAUGAAGUGACGUCACUAGCCAAGUCCUUGAUCAAGUCCUGGAAGAAGUUGUUAGAUGAACCUGCUGGGGAGAAGAAAUCUGAGGAGAAAAAGAAGGAAUGCACAACACCGGUGGUCUCACCAGCUCAGGCUAGCCCGGAGCCUAGAGAGGAGAGCACAAGCAGUAAUUCUAGCAGUAAGAGUGAGUCUGCCGAUGUUACAGCCAACACAUUGAUAGCCACUUUCCCAAGAGCACCAGGCACAUCUGACUCGGUCCGUAUCAAGUGCAGGGAGAUGCUUUCAAGUGCAUUACAAACAGGAGAUGAUCACAUUGCCAUUGGGGCUGAUUGUGAUGAACUUGGGGCUCAGAUAGAAGAAUGUAUCUUUUUGGAAUUCAAAAAUACUGAUAUGAAAUACAAGAAUCGUGUCCGAAGCCGAAUCUCCAAUCUUAAGGAUGCAAAGAAUCCAAACCUAAGAAGGAAUGUCCUAUGUGGGAAUGUGAGCCCAGACCGCAUAGCAAAAAUGACAGCGGAGGAAAUGGCAAGUGAUGAGCUGAAGGAGAUGCGCAAGAAUCUGACCAAAGAGGCCAUUAGGGACCACCAGGUGGCCACAUCUGGGGGCACCCAGACUGAUCUGUUCACUUGCGGAAAAUGCAAAAAGAAGAGGUGUACCUACACCCAGGUUCAAACUCGAAGUGCUGAUGAACCGAUGACAACAUUUGUCUUCUGCAAUGAAUGUGGAAAUAGGUGGAAGUUCUGCUGAAGUUGGGGGUCAAUUCUCUGUGUUUGGAGAUGUAGCAAAAUUCCAGGACCACGUUUAUGUAUGAUUGACGAAUAGGAACCAUGAAUUCAAUGGUGCAUCUGAUGUACAAAGGCCACAGUAGAUAGCAUCCUUGUUUGUUUUAUUAUUAUAAUGGUCCACAAACUCAUGUCCUGUGUUUUAACUUGACGUAUAGCUAGGCCAUAGGCCUUUGGACUAUGAUCAAUGUCGUUGGAUUUCUGUUUCUUUUACCAUUACUUUUUAUACGUUGUUAAACAUUUUGACAUCAUUCACUCUUAGAUUUAGUUUGGUUUUGCCCUAACGAAAACUAGUCAAAACUAUUUCAUUUUAAAAUAGACACAUAUGCCCAAUACAUUUGAAAAUAAACUGUUUUAGCAUCUGUUUAGUUUUGUUAACAGCUUUAGAAUUUUAAACCUGAUUCAUUUGGAAGAUGCUUUGAGUCUCUUUGUCACUCUGAAUUAUACAUAUUUAUAUGCAUGAUCUCAACAUUUUUACUGUGUACAUGGCUGUUACUUUCAGAAGUAAAAUGUUUUACAAAUU